UUUCCUUCGUGGUUUUUACUUUUUUUUUCAAUCACAAAGCGUCACUUCGUGAAAGUGUAUCUAAUUUACGAUUCUCUGUCCGAAAUUGUAGAUCGAUUUCGGUUACGGUCGAUAGCGAUAGUCGCGCAGUUGUUGAUUUAGGCGCGUAGUUAUUUUUGAUCGGUGUAAGAUGAUGGGCCUGUAUUCCAGCGGUGCGUUGGGCGGCGUGGAGGUACUGGAAGGUGGACUGGUGGGAGGUGAGCUGACUGCUCACGUGCUAAGCGCGCAGGCCGCCGCACACGCCGCGGCGACUGCGGCUGCGGCGGCGCAUCAACAACAACAAAUUGCCGUACAACAAAUCAAUUCCCUCUCAACAGAAACAUCACCGUCUUCGGGACGGUCUACCCCAGUCAACACGGCGGGUAACAGUGGCGCUGCUUCAACAGGCACCACAUCGCCAUCACCCAGCAAACUGUUUGUGGGCGGUCUUAGCUGGCAGACAAGCUCGGAGAAGCUGCGGGAGUAUUUCGCGAUGUUUGGACCUGUAUCUGAUGUGCUGAUUAUGAAGGACCCUGUUACACAGCGGUCGCGCGGCUUCGGCUUUAUUACGUUCCAGGAGGCGGCCUCCGUGGACAAGGUGCUCGCCGUGCCCGUGCACACGCUCGACGGCAAGCGCAUCGACCCCAAGCACGCCACGCCCAAGUCCGCGCCGCGCCCCGCCAAGACCAAGAAGAUAUUCGUCGGCGGAGUGGGACAGGACACCUCCGCGGACGAGGUCCGCGCCUACUUCUCACAGUUCGGUCUUGUAGAGGACGCUGUGAUGCUGAUGGACCAACAGACCAAGAGGCACCGCGGCUUCGGCUUCGUCACCUUCCACUCGGAGGAGGCGGUGGAGCGAGUCUGCGACAUACACUUCCAUACCAUCAAGAACAAGAAGGUGGAGUGCAAGCGCGCCCAGCCCAAGGAGGCGGUCGCCGCCGCACCGCUCGCCAUCGGCAAGCGGCUCGUGCUGCGCCCCGGCCGCGGCCUUGUGUACGGCGGCGUAGGCGCCGUGCCCGCUGUGGGCGCGGUGGGCGCCGUGGGUGUAGGCACGCACGCGUACCGCUACGCGCCGUACGCGCUGCCCACGCCGGGCACCUUAGUGGCGCCGCCCGCGCCCGCGCCCACGCCCACGCUGCCGCAGUUCGGUGCGGCGUACUCGCUGGCGGGCGUGGACAUGUCGUCGUUCCAGGGCGUGGACUGGAGCGCGAUGUACGGCCUGCCCAUGUACAUCUAA